AUGGAGAUUCGAAUUGCUGCCCACGAAAAAUUGGGAUACCUAACCGGUGACACUCUGAAACCUCCUGAGCUCUCUCCAACCUAUAACAAAUGGUGUACGGAGAACUUUCAGGUCAAGGGGUGGCUAAUCGACUCAAUGUCUUGUGAAUUAAUGGGUCGUUUAAUCCGGUUAAGUACUGCCAAAGAAAUUUGGGAUGCCUUCAAGAAGACUUACUAUGAUGGUGGAGAUGAAUCUUAUCUUUUUGAUAUGAACAAAUGA